GCUCCCUAAUGAUUCUUUAUUGGCCACAGUUUAAAACAAGCCAUGGCUGAAUUUUCAUGUAUCAAAGGAAGCAUAUUCUUGUUUUCCCCCUACUAGUGUCUGGGGGGGCUAAAUUGGAUAAAGAUUUUUUAAAGAGUGAGAAUUAGCAGCGUACAGUCAUUUUUGAGUAAUUAUCAUCAUUACCAUUUAUCAGAAUUCAAAUGAAACUGUGCUGCACUGUAUGAACAGUUCUUGUUUGUUCUCAUUUAUCAGCACACUGUAGUCACAAUUUAACCCAAACAGAAGGCCUCUUUGGAGCCUAAAACUGUUUAAAAGUCUUGUCAUGGCUGAUUUAUUGCUUUUAAAGUCAUGGGUUUUCCAGAGGAAGUAGCUUGCCCUCUGUUCUUUUUGCCUUUUGAACUUGUCUGGCACAGUGUGGCCCAGGCUUUUUUGGCACUCCUCCUGAAGCUGCUGGCUCUGUAUCACUCUCUCGGCCUGUGUGGCCCUUCUUCUUCUACGUUCUUGCUCUCCUUUCCUCUCUCUCUCUUUCAUUCUUUCUCUUUCUGAUAGGUUGAGCAGAGGCCAACGCUGGCCUACACCUGUGCCCAGCGCUCGUGUUGUUCUUGGCUCCCCUGAGCGACUGGCUAUUUGAUGUAAGAGGGCUGAGGCGGUUAGUGAGAAAAUGAAGCUGGAGUGGCUGCCAGGUGUUUGAAAAGCAGUCCAGGUGCUUGGACUCCGUAUCUGAGAACUACAUCUCUGUCACCUGUCGUUGGAUUAUUUUACCUUGCAGAGCAGGUGGCAAUUCUGUCCAGGAGGAAUUUGACUUUACCAUCCUUUUUGUCCGUUUUAAGCAAUGCGUUUAGUGCUGGCGCCAGGAAUAUCAUCAUAAUGCUAAUGGACUGAAUUGACCUCUGCUCCACAGGUUACUGUUAUUGCCAGCAACAAAAAAGCUUGUAAUUGUAUUAUUUAUAGCUUGUUAAAACAAGCAGUGAAACUUUAUCUGAAGUGCGUGUCAUAAAAUUACAAUAAUUUAUGUUUGUAAUUAGGCAUUUUUAUUAUAAUUUAAAGAACUAUUUGAAUAAUUACUGUUGUGUAGAAAUAAGCUGAUCCAGUCGUUUUGCUACCACUUUUCAAUCCCUUAAUCCUUAUGAUUGGCAGAUAACAGUCUUUUUGCGUGCAUUUUCUCUGAAUCUUCAGACCAUUUAGUAACACUUAGCAACCAUGGGCUCCUCUAAGCAACUGUCUGAAGCUCUGAAAACAAAGGUGAUUGAAGACCACAAGGCAGGGGAAUGCUAAUAGAGCAUUGUCAAGUGUUUUCAGCAUGUUUUCUACAAUAAAUGUUACUUUUUUUUUUUUAUUACAUUUUUGUAGUUUUGCAAUAUAUGUCAAUUCAGGAUUCAAGGAGAUUUUAUUGUCAUUCGCAUCACAUGUGGUACAUGAAGUGGAACGAAAUUGAUCUCACGAUCCAGUUUACACCCAAGAGCUGUUAUUAAAAUAGAUAAUAUAGAUAAAAUAAGAUAACAAAAUAAAAUAACACAAUAAAAAAUAGAAUAGAACAAAAUAGAUAAAGAUAAAAACACAAAAAAAUAAAUAGGGAGAGUAGGCAGGUAGCAGCAACAUGAAGUCCAAGUGCAAGUUUUUCUAUAGCAGCAUGAUGGUGUGAACUAAGUGCAGUACAAUAUAAAGUGUCUCAGUGCGGUUUAAGAUGACCGUGUUUGUAAACAGUAGUUUGUCCUUGUAAAGUGACGGUGCAGGGUGUUUUUUAGGUGGAGUUUAAGAGUCUUUCAGCUUCCGGAAUGAAGCUGUUUCUCAUUCUGAUCGUUUUGCACUUGAUGCUCCGCAGCCUCCUGCCUGAGGUAAGCGGGACAAAAAGUGCAUGUGCUGUGUGGGUGGGAUCCUUCCUGAUGCAGUUGGCCCUUUUUAUCCAGCAUGUCAUCAUAUUAAUAGUCCAGACUAAGAUUAGAGUAAAAUAAAUAAUUCCAUUAGAGUGAAAUAAGUCUAAAUACCAUUUAAAUACCUCCUUAUUUUCAGAGGUUUCAAAUCCAAAAAAGAACACUAAUGGAUAAAGAAUAAAGAAAGUAAAGUAGCUAGAGGAAGAGUGAGAUGAGGGAGAAGGAAGGAGAAAGAGGGGCUAGUUGAAACUAAAUGUGCACAAUUUGAAAAUUAAAUGUUCAAAUGUAAUCCCAUAUAUCAUUUGAAAUGUAAUUACUGAACAAAUAAGGAUUAAGAAAACAUUCAGUCUGCAUUAACAUAGAUAAGCAGUUCUAGUUUGGUCAUGAUAAUCAGCGUGCUGUACAAUCACUAAUUCAAUCUAAACAGGCGAACAGUUUGUGAGAAGAACAGUUUUCCUUUCCACAAAGUGAAUAUCUAACAUUCUUAAACUUCUGUUUGGCCUAGAUCCUGUUUUCCGCAGUAAUCUAAUCGGAUUUUGUUUGAGCUCCUUUUAUUCGUUGUGUGUCAACAAACUGGAUUCACAGACUUUGUGUAAACAGAAGAACAUUCCUCACGUACUGUGCCCUUUUAGGCUAAGCCUGGCUAAUUACUUCGAGCACACCUUAGUUAUUCACUUUCGAUAGUUCUCCUUUUGUUGAUGAAAUGCCCAAGCUCUGAAUUGGUCAUAUUUCAGGAUGUGUAUUUCCCACCCGGUACAUAACGAAGAGUGAUUAGGGAGCCUAUUGGCAGCAGUGGUUACAGCAGCAGGUUGGUAUGAGGGUGUGGAGAAGAUCCUGGCUCAGCUCCAGGUUCACCUGUCCUUACAGCCACACCUGGAGGAAUGUGGAAGGUAGCGAAGUGCAGCAAACGGCAGUGCCAUCAGUGGGACAGAAAGAGUGGAUUCAGUCGGAGGUAGCACGCUUACCCAAAAGUGGAAUUUUGACGUAUCUGCAGCAUCGUGGAUCAGAGGAAUAUUGACAGUUUAGUUGCUGGGCGUUCGAGAGCUCGCGGACCGCCUCUGCAUUUUGGAGCGCCUCGAAGAGCUUCUGGAGAGCGAGCCAGGCCAGUGCCAGCACCAUGAGCAGCUGCCAGUGAACCACGACUCCAACUACAGCAGCUACACAGAUGUUUCGGAAAAAAGCCUCAUCCUCCUUGAGAAUGCGGAGAAUAUCAGAAAGCAAUAGAUGGAGCACGGACCGGGGGCGAAGCUCCUCCUUCCAUGAGGUCGGUGGCGCACGCGAGUCGGAGAUGAGGGCAGCAGCCUCUGUUUCCGAAGAGACCUCGGCCAGUAGCGGCGGUGGUCACACCGUCCUACAGCGCCUCCUGCAGGAGCAGAUGCGCUAUGGCGAAAGCCGGAACUACCUCGCCUUGCAACAGCAGCAGCAACAACAGCAGCAGCAACAUCAACAUCAACAGCAGCAGCAUCAACAACAGCAACAGGGUCCAUUGAGCGGAUACCCAGGUCCAGGAGGCCCAGGGGACGAGCACUCAAUGGUCCCCCACAUUGCACGGCAGGAGCCGCAGGGCCAGGAGCUGCAAGUGGACAGUGGUAUGGAGAAGCAGCUCAACCCCCGAGCCGGAGGAGGAAGCGGCGGCACGUCUGGGGGAGGCUGCAUCACCGGACAGGGGCCAAACCCUGAGGAUCUACCAUCCUACGAGGAGGCCAAGGUGCAGUCACAGUAUUUUCGUGGCCACCAGCCUCCACAGCCUCAGCAGCCACAGCUUGGUGCUGCCUUCUAUGUGACUGGCGUUUCCAACCCCAAGGUGCGGCCCCCGGAGGGCCGACCCGCAGUACAGCGCAUCAGUACAGGCAAGGUGCACCAGGAUGAUGGGCUUAAGGACCUAAAGCAGGGACAUGUGCGCUCGCUUAGUGAGAGGCUCAUGCAGCUCUCGUUGGCCACAAGCGGCGUUAAAGCCCACGCGCCCGUCACCAGCGCUCCUCUGUCACCUCAGCUGCCCCCACCCGGGCCCCCAGGAGACUACUAUAAGCCUGCAGGUCACAGGGGCCCGCCACCGGACUAUCCAUUUAAAGGCAUGCCGUCACCACCCAAACAGCCACAGCAGCACCAUCACCAGCCACCGCACCAGGAGAUGGGGCACUACUUCCCAGACCAUCGUCCUGCAGGCCAGCAGGGCAGAGGAGAGGUGCCUCAUGUCCGAUACCAGCCACCACCUGAGUACGGAUCCUUCCGCUCCAGCAAGGAAGGCUCGGUCCACUCUCAGAGGCCCAUCCAUCACCACAGCCCCACCUCCUCUGUCACCUCAGUGGGCUCACUUUCGCGUGCCCAGUCCUCCACCCUCAGCAGCCUCUUGGCUUCCUCCCAUCCUCUGCCGCCCAUGGUUCACCAAGGUGAGCCACCUUUCUCUAUGGGGCCACGGAGCCCACAAGGACCAGGUUCCCACCAGGGAGAUCCGUACGGCCUGGGUCACCCACCGCCCCACCAUCGUGGCCAUGGCUUCCCCCAAGACCCUUAUGGCUCUGCUCCCAGGGGUCUCCACAUACACCAGCACCAAUUUCACCCACAAGGGCCCCAGCAGCAGCAGCAGCAGCAUCAGCAACAGCAGGGCCCUGGGCAGCACUUCCCUCACCCACAUCCAGUCCAGGGUGACCCCUAUGCCUUACUGGCUCGAGCCCAGCAGAUGGUGGACAUGCUUACAGAGGAGAACCGGCACCUCAAGCAGGAGAUGGAGGUGUGCGGAGAGAAAGUAUCCAAACUGCAGAAGGUAAGAAAUUUGGAGUCUGAGAUUCAGCUGGUGUCUGAAGCGUACGAGAACCUGGCAAAAUCGUCCUCUAAGAGAGAGGCCCUGGAGAAGACCAUGAGGAACAAGUUGGAACUAGAGGUGCGCAGGCUGCACGACUUCAACAGGGACCUGAGAGAACGAAUGGAGACCGCCAACAAGCAGCUAGCAGCCAAAGAAUGUGAGGGCACGGAGGACAACCGCAAAACCAUCUCACAGCUUCUGGCUCAGAACAAAGAGACUCAGCGAGAAAAGGAGAAAGUUGAGAUGGAGAUGAACGCGUUGCGCUCCACCAACGAGGACCAGCGCAGACACAUCGAGAUCCGAGACCAGGCGCUGAACAACGCUCAGGCUAAAGUAGUCAAACUGGAGGAGGAGCUAAAGAAGAAACAGGUCUACGUGGAGAAGGUGGAGCGGAUGCAGCAGGCUCUGGCUCAGCUACAGGCUGCAUGUGAGAAGAGAGAGCAGUUAGAGCACAGACUCCGCACGCGACUGGAGAGAGAGCUGGAGUCGCUCAGGAUGCAACAGAGGCAGGGGGGUCAGCAGAACCCGGUGGGUCCUGAGUACAGUACCACAGCUCUGAUGGAGCACCUGCGGGAAAAGGAGGAAAGGAUCCUGGCUCUGGAGGCUGACAUGACCAAAUGGGAGCAGAAGUAUCUGGAGGAGAGCGUCAUGAGACAGUUUGCUCUGGAUGCAGCUGCUUCUGUUGCCACACAGAGGGACACUUCCACUGCCAUCAUCAGCCACUCGCCCAGCAGCAGCUACGACACUUCAGUGGAGGCACGCAUCCAGAAGGAGGAGGAAGAGAUCCUGAUGGCUAAUCGCCGCUGCCUGGACAUGGAAAGCCGCAUCAAGAACCUGCACGCGCAGAUCAUAGAGAAGGACGCCAUGAUUAAGGUUCUGCACCAGCGCUCGCGGAAGGAGCCGGGCAGUAAGGGCGAUGGUCCGUCCACCAUGCGCCCUUCCAAAUCCCUCAUGUCCAUCGCCACGGGCACGGGCGGCUCCAGCGGCUCUGGCCUGCUCUCACAUUCACUUGGACUGAGCGGCAGCAGCCCCAUCACAGAGGAGCGCAGAGAGGACCGCAGCUGGAAGGGCAGUCUCGGUGUUUUACUCGGGCCGGAGUUCAGGGGUGACUCUUUGAGGACAGAGUCCAUCUCCUCCUCUCCGUCUCCAGUGCUGCCCUCCACUCCCAUGCCAGCCGCCACUCACUCUAAAACAGGCAGCCGUGACAGCUGCACUCAGACGGAUAAGAGUCAGGAGACAAGCAAGCCCAGCACGCCAUUGCUGCAGAGCAUAGCAAACAACCGCAUCACAAGCCCGAGUCCUGUGUACAUUCCCGACCGCAUCGCAGAUGUUCCAGUGUUCCACAGCAGCACUCUAGAGAGGAGAGCCCCUGUGCAGUCCCUUCCUCAACCGCCCCUCCCUCAGUCAAUGCCACAGCAGGACGUGGACAUUGAGAUGGUGGAAAUACUGAUUUGAACUGUGUAAAAUAUGUAAAUAUAUAUAUACACACACAUGCGCGCGCACACAAAAAAGACAUGCAACAGGUGAAGGAUUUCUUUGAUCAAGUCUUUAUUGGGGGACACUGAUGGUGUGUUGAAAUGCACUAAAGUUUUAGUGAUAUUUUACUCCUUGUACAGAUGAAAGUCUCAGCAUCCAGUAUCAGCUAUGAAUAACUAACGUUUUUGUACAGUAUUCUCUGGCGACAUUUUCUUCCACCAGAGUUUAGGACCAAAUGUAUUUCCAACCGAUUUUUGCAUUUAUUGCACUACUUUUUUUAUUUUAUUUUAUUUUUUAGCUUCUAAUAUUAUUAGACUAGAAAAUUUGUUUGUGUAGUGCACAUAUACCAAUGUUACAAUCUUGGCACUUGAGUACACGAUGGUAUGGUAACUAGCGGAAAAGGUGUUACAUGUAAAUACUGUAUCUAUAUACUGUAAGACAUGUAAGAUAGAACUGAAUAUUUAGGGGCUUGUGAACUAAACUAGGCACUCUGAGUGGAGGAAUGUGAUUAUGAAGAGAACUGACCUGUCCAUGUUUUGCCCACAGAUGCGUUCUUCUAUAGCAACUGCAGCUAUUUUGCUCACAAAAGAAACUUAUGCUGAUGCAAAUGCAUACAAAGUGUGUCUAGUACCUGUAAAGAAAAACUGUCAAUAGUUUAUAACUCAACAGCUCAAUAUACUGACCCCAAUAAUGCUACAGUACCACAUUACACAAAGUGCUGGGGACAGAAACGCAGUGGGAGAUGGGGAAUGGGCUCAAACUCCAAAAGUGCCCAAACACAACAAAUUACAUAUUUAAUCACUAAAUAUCAGUACUUUCCACAUUUAAACAACAUCUAGACAUUUAAACGCCUUUUAAAUGUCAUGUUCAGCGGUUUCUAUCAUUGUUAGGGAUGAAGCACAUGGCAGAAAUAAUCGUUGACUAGUUGACUAAUCGGAAAAAUUAAUUAUUAGAUUAGUCGACUACCAGAAUAAUCAUUAGUUGCAGCCCUUGUCACAAGUUACUACCAUUACUUUUGGAAUAAGCAGUGAAUUAAGCAGGUGUCAUAAUAUCCUUGUCCAUAUAGUGUAGAUUUUCAUUUCGUUUAUUAAUUCUUCUUUAUUAGUGAGUAGUAGGUAAGUGAUCAGACAGUUCUUGAAGUUGAUGUUGAAAGCAGAAGUGUAAAGAUCUAAGCUAACUGUGAUGGCUGCAGUAAGAGCUUCCCCAAAACACCAGGGCCCAUAUUUAUCAAAAGUAAGACAAGUUUACUGAACUGAAUUAAACAGCUUAUGAGAGUCUUAGGAUCUUAGAACAGUACUUUUACUCUGAGAUGGUGCUUGAUAAAUGAGGUUCCGGGUCUGGAAGGGUGUUUCCUGUAUGCAGUGGUCAUUACCAAACAAAAAAAGAUACAAGGAAGGAUGUCCAGCAAACAGUGACAGCGUCAUGUAUGAUCAAGCCUUAUUGUCGAUGUGCGUAGAGCUCCUUCAGAGCUGUUCUAGCUAAAGUUCUGUAAAGCUUGAAUCUUGCAUCAGUAGUUAUUAAAGAUCGCAGUUGUGGGCAGGGUAUAGACAGGUCAACCGGACCAUCACGAUCGCUCUGUGGUCCAGAAUCUUCUGUUGCCGUGUAUGCAAAAAGUCCAAUGACCCAACUGGUUUUGGGUUGGCUUGUGUAAGUGUGUGAUGUGAGAGAAUUCAUGGGUUUGGGGUUUACAAAGCACUACAAACUGUCCUUCAUUCCACUUGAGCUGCAGCGGCCUUGCUACACCUUUCACAGAAAAAGCACCACAGGUCUUAUUGUGGUGUAGAUAGAGGUUCCUGUCAUGCUUUCCAUUUCAGUCUCCUUUCUUUUUUAUCCUUUAUACUCGGGUUACAGCCAGAGCUGUAUUAUGUAUGAGAGAUCAAGGUUUAUUUCAUAGUGUUUGUUUUUUUAUUUCCUCUGUUUCCACUAAAAGGGCUUUUAGUCUUCUAAGACACUUGAAACCAGUUUUUUUUUCUUUUCUAUUAGGCAACUUUAGAACCUAGGAGCUGUGAGAAUGGGAAAAGAUACCAGGUACCCAAAAGUGAGUGGGGGUAGUGUAGGUACCAUGCAGUGGAAAAGCCUAAUUACCUUGUGACUGAAGGUUACAGGAAAGCAAAUGUGAUCAUUAGCUAGUUAAUAUCUCAGAGUAAAACGCAUAAAAUCAUAAACAUAACUUUACUGAUUUUGCUGCUGAGCAAAAACCCAUUUACGUUAACUGCAUGUCACUGUCUGCCAAGUGGAACUAAUGCUGUGAUACUGGCUCAGUAUUGUUUGGUGAAUCUAGAAAGAAGGUGUUAAUGUUGACUUGAUGUAAAAUUAUAUUCACAAAGCUGCCCAUCUUAAAACUAGUUAUUUUUAAAAGUCUUUUUCAACCAUCAUUUCAAGCAUCCUAGACCAAAGAAAUGUUAGAUUUGGUCAACAUAUUUACAACUACAGUAAGUGUUUGCAAUAAAGCUGUGCAUUAUUGCAGUUCCCCACAGGAACUGAACAAAGUUAUAAACAUUUCAGCAACAUUUUGAAAUACCUCUCUGUCUUAUUGUACAUAGUAACUCAACACAAGAGUAUGUUGUUGUGGAUAGCCUUAAGCAGUGCCUUAGAAAUAGGUCUGCCUGCUAUAUUUAAAACAUUUACGUUUAUGUAAAGAUUCAGAGUUCAGUCAUCCAGAGUCCAGUUAUACAAUCUAUAAAAUAUUAGAAACGCCCAAUUGCACCAUAUAUUUUAAGUAUCAGUCCUAAAUUAUAAUUGGUGCAGCUUGAUAUAUCAGUACUUUCGCACAAAACAUUUAACUUUACAGAUGAAGCAGUCUCAAUUUAAAAAGCUUCCAUUUUAAGUUAUUUUGGGGAAUUUUUGUUGGUCUAUUUAUAGACACAUUAGAUUUUAUGAAAAAGGCCAAAUUAAAAAAAGAAACGCAAAUAGAGUGGCAGAGAUAAUAUAUUGCACAUGACAUCAGUAAUAUGUAAAUGUAGCACACAAUCAUCCCGAAUCAUCCCCUUUUUUUGUGAAUAGAAGUCUACAGCAAGAAACUGAUUAGUGGAAAGUAUUUCUCAAACUGGUACUAGACAUUUCCUGCCCAGUGGGUUUAGAAUGUAGAAGUGAUCUGUUCUUUUACUAUGCAGGCAAGUAAAUCAUUCCAGUCCAAAUGCGUCUCAUGCCUCAUUCUGGACUCCUUCUAGAAGUUGCACAAUAAAACAUUUCCAGUAGUUGUGGACAAUGGACCUAAGAGCUGUGGACGGAGUCUUGGGUGGGACCAGUGACUGCGAGCACAUUUAGAACUGCACAGUACGUUUUUAGCAAAAAGUACUUUCAGGAAAACAAGAACCACACCAGCAUUGCCUCCUUUAAGAAAAGUGCCUUAAGUUUGUGACAUUUCAGCAUACUCUUGAUUAUAAAUGUACUUGUACUGUAAAUAAUAAUAAAAAAAAUAAUAUGCCUACAGUAAAUAAUAUAACAUUGACAUUAGCUGCUAUUGCCUUUAAUAGUGGAGGUUUAUUUUAAAAAAGAAAGAGAAAGGGUGUCAUUUCAGCAUGUCAGGUCCCACCUGAGGAUCAGUCACUAUGUUAUCUGUCUUCAUGGUCUUGCUACUCAAGUGUUACUCACAUCACAACGUUUUAUUCUGAUUUAAGAAGAGAAUGUUCUAGUCCAGCUCAGGACAAUCUAGGAAAAUGUUGUUUUUCCUGUUGGUCUUGAAUUUUGUACAGCAUAUCUUGAUCCCUUUUGUAUCUCCUUCUCCUGGCGAGGAAUGUUUUCCCCUCAUUUCUGUAGUAUAUUCCAUCACAAAGUGUGUACUCUAGUUGCUGCUUGACAAUGAUAUUACUGUACAAUCAUGGUUCAUUUGUAUUCAUUUAAUUGUAUUCUUUUUAAACAUAUUCUGUUUUACAAAACUUCAUCUCAUACAGUGUCCUUGUACGGUUUGACCUUUUUUUGUUUAUACUCCUGAACACGUUCCAAUAUGUUUUUUUUUUUAGACAAAAAUUAAUUUAAUUUUUCAAUAAAUAAAUAUACUGA